AUGGGAAGCCUUGUGGAUUUGAGACACUGGCCUCAAAUGAUGUAUGCUUUUGUUUUCUUAUUUAUUGCUACUGUUGUUAUUGCAGAAAAACCAUAUGGUUAUUACAAACCUCAACAGUCUAAUGGCUGGAAAUUGCCACAACCGGUGAAACAUACAUUGCCGAAAUCGCCUUAUGGUUAUAAGUCUCCGCCACCACCACCAAUGACGCAUACAUUACCAAAACCAUCUUAUGUUUACAAGUCACCGCCUCCACCGUCGCCUUCCCCGCCUCCUCCAUAUGUUUACAUGUCUCCACCCCCACCAUCCCCAUCCCCUCCUCCUCCGUACGUCUACAAGUCACCACCUCCACCAUCACCCUCACCUCCUCCUCCAUAUGUCUACAAGUCACCGCCUCCACCAUCACCGUCACCGCCACCUCCUUACAUUUACAAGUCUCCUCCCCCACCGUCACCUUCCCCACCUCCUCCAUACAUGUACAAGUCUCCACCCCCACCAUCGCCAUCCCCUCCUCCUCCAUAUGUCUACAAGUCACCGCCUCCACCAUCAAAAUCGCAGCCACCUCCUUACAUUUACAAGUCUCCUCCCCCACCAACUCCUAAACCUCCACAAGCAUACCACUACAGAUUGCCAAGAAAAGCAGCAAAAUCUCAACCUGCUCUUCCAACUUACUACUACAAGUCUCCGCCACCUCCAAGACAUUAUUAA